AUGUACACUUUGAAAUACAAGGGAAAAACACACCAACGGUGCCCGGAAACACACCCUUCGUUGAGUUUGACUGACUGGAAUCUGCAUUUGCUCUCGGGAUCUGUGAAUAUGACUUCUGGAACUGCAAAUGCAAAUGGGGAAUGCCUUGGUUGGGCAGCUAGAGAUCCUUCUGGAAUUCUGUCUCCAUACAAAUUCAGCCGAAGGGCUGUGGGGAGCGAUGAUGUUUCACUAGACAUCGCAUACUGUGGAGUUUGUUAUGCUGAUGUGGCUUGGACCCGGAACAAAAUGGGACAUUCAAAGUAUCCUUUAGUGCCUGGACAUGAGAUUGUUGGGAUCGUUAAAGAGGUUGGUUCAAAUGUUCAGCACUUUAAAGUUGGUGACUAUGUUGGAGUUGGAACUUAUGUUAACUCUUGCAGAGAGUGUCAAUAUUGUGAUGAUGGAUUAGAAGUUCAUUGCUCUAAGGGAGCAGUUUUAACAUUUGAUGGGAUAGAUGUGGAUGGUACUAUCACUAAGGGAGGAUAUUCUAGUUACAUUGUAGUCCAUGAGAGGUAUUGCUUCAGGAUACCCAAAAGUUACCCACCGGAACUAGCAGCACCUUUGCUCUGUGCUGGUAUUACUGUUUACACUCCCAUGAUAAGGCAUAACAUGAAUCAGCCUGGCAAAUCUUUUGGGGUGAUUGGGCUCGGUGGACUAGGUCACCUUGCUGUAAAGUUUGGGAAGGCUUUUGGAUUGAAGGUAACAGUUUUUAGCACAAGUGUAUCCAAGAGAGAAGAAGCUUUAACUCUUCUUGGAGCAGACAAUUUUGUAGUCUCCACCGACGAACAUCAGAUGAAGGCUUUGUGUAAUUCAUUUGACUUCAUACUGGACACAGCAUCUGGAGAUAUCUCAUUUGAUUUAUAUUUGUCCUUGUUGAAAACUGCUGGUGUCCUUGUUCUAGUAGGGUUCCCGAGCGAAGUGAAAUUCAGUCCGGGGAGCUUAAACUUGGGUGCUAAAACCAUUUCAGGAAGUGUAACUGGUGGAACAAAGCAAACACAAGAAAUGCUGGAUUUUUGUGCUUCCAACAAGAUUUACCCAAACAUAGAAGUAAUUCCCAUCCAAUAUGCAAAUGAUGCUCUAGAGAGGAUGAUCAAGAAGGACGUGAAAUAUCGUUUUGUGAUUGAUAUAGCAAACUCUCUCGAGUAA